AGCGGAACGAAGCUUAUCUUAUCUCCGCGAUAAAUACCACCUCUUCCAUCCCACCAUCACAGCAGUAAUGUCUCAAACAGUCGACAUACCCCAAUCGAUCAAGGAUACUUUACGAAAAUUCAGAUUUGCCCGUCGCAAUGAAGGCCACGCUGCGCUGGUAAUCAAGAUCAACAAGGCCACGCUUGCGAUGGAGGAAGUAGAGCAAUUUGAUAAUAUCAGCAUCGAGGAGCUGGCAGAGGAGCUCCCGGAGAACAGCCCUCGAUACGUUGUGCUCAGCUACGAGCUGAACCAUUCUGACGGACGAAAAUCGUUCCCGCUUGUUCUUAUUAAUUGGGCGCCAACAUCGAGUGAAAUCGGAUUGCUGACGCUGCAUGCUAGCGCCUUCAUCAACUUUCAGAACACCGCUGGUAUCAGCAAAGUUGUCGAGGUGAGAGACGGGCCAGAAGGUCUCACUAAGGAGGUGAUAGACAGCAAAUUGUCAUGAUAGUAUACCAUAGUUGUAAUUGCCGACGAGCUUCCAUGGAAUGUUUCGGUACCGAAGGAUACCGGAGGGAUGCCGUCAAUUCUGUUUUUCGUAUCUUCCAUGUUCCUCGAUGAGGCUAUUUUCUCCCCACGACACGACGAACAGAAAUUCGAGGAAAAGA